ACCUACUUUUAAAAAAAAAUCCUAAUUCGGACUUUUCUUGCAUCAUCACAAUCUAGUAUUGAUUACAUUGGGUGGACUCCAUAUGAACCCUAGUUUCUUUCUCCUAUAUUUACAUAUAUAAAGAAGAUAAAGACGCCCUACUUCCCUUGCUUAAGAGUAGUCAUCGCCUCUUGGACCAAAUUAAAAAAAAAAGUCUCAUCGCCUCCAGCAAAAGAAAAAACCAACUUCAGAGACUCAAGCACAGAGAGAGAGAGAGAGAUGAUGAUGAUUCAGACGAAUAAAGCAGUGGUUCCGGGGCAAGUGUGUUUGACAAGGGCGAGGAUUGUUCCAAAUCCGAACCAAACAGCAGGACGACGAUGCCUCCGAAACCUUGUCCAUGUCGCCGGCAAAGGCAAAGGCAAAGGCAAAUUACUAGUAGCUGCACUCACACCAACCCCAACCCCAAUCCAAAGCAUCCAAACAAGAAGAAGAAGUUGCCCUUUAAUGGCUACUUCCCACCCCAACGCUGAAAUCAUCGCCAUUAACAAGAGCUGCCCUUUAAUUGACCAUAAAAUAAACAUCUGCCCUUUAAUCCCGUCCUCCUCCUCCGGCGACCCCUGCCUUGAUCUCUUUUCCAACUCCCUCAGAGCAUUUACCGCAGUUACUAACCCCUGCCUUAAAUAUCUGGAGCAAGUGCUUCCCUUGGCCUGGUCCCACAACCCCCUUACCACCCUCAAGCUUAUCUUCAGCUCCGAGUAUAAAUAUUUUUCUUACAGAAAGUUCGACACGGCCAUCUAUUGGCUCCACCAGAACCACCCCAAAACUCUGCUUAGAAACCUCCACUCUAUUGCCAACUUGCCCAAGGUUCGCAGAUUGGAUAUCCUUGUCCAAAUUCUGCACGUCAUUGUGGUUGAGAAUCGAGGCGGCGGCCUAUACGACAACUCUGCUGCGAGUCUGCAUCUUCAUCCUGAGAGGUAUGACCGUGACCCCGAUUAUAGAUUGUUACACGACCGGGUUGUAGAUAUUUUCGUGGAGCAUUUGAAGUCUGAGAUGGACAAAAUGAAGGAGCACAAGCUGAAACUGACGCCAUCUGAUUACUUAACUGAUGGUGAGGAAGAGGAAGGGGAAGAGGAGGAGGAAGAGGAAGACGACGACGACGACGAUGAUGAUUAUUAUGAUGAUGACGAUGACGGGGAAGAUUAUUAUCCUAAUCUUUUUGUAUCUGCUGCAGUGUGUUGUACUAACAACGACGAGAACUAUGAUGACCUCACCGAAGUCAUUUUUCUGCGUGAAAGCAUUGCGAGGAGGCUUUGCCCGCCAGAAUCAGAUCAAUCAGAAGAGUGGGAAAGGCUAAAGAAGCAGUUUUUGGUGCCCUUGACCAAUUACUACUUUCGAAGAGCCCACCGUCGCUGUAUCCGUCGCGAUCUCCCUGGUGUGGAAGGCCCAAGCCUGGUUAAGAAGUAUUUGGAGGAGGUGAAAGUAGCAGCAGGAGGCGGCAUUGGCACAAUAAAGCCGAAUGCUUUGCUUCCGAAUGAGAUCAUAAGAUAUGUACAAGAUAAGGAUGUCGGGGAAGUGGCGGAGCUUCAUUGGAAGGCAAUGGUGGAGGACAUAAAGCAACAGCAAAUCCAGGAGGGGGACGGUUUGGGCAAAUUCAAAAAUUGGUUGGUGGUGGGCCAAUUACCCGAGCGUUUUGCGAUGGGGUUGGAAAUUCUGGUGUCUGAAGUGAGUGAAGAGCCAUGGAAAGGAAAGAUGAUAAAAUACACUAGUGAUGGAAAAUGUCAGCUAGACUUGAUACAAGGACAUGAUCUUAAGUCCAAGUUCAAAUUCACGUUCAGAUACUUGGAGUCCGAUGAAGGAUGUUAUAGGCAUACAUUAAACGUGGCCUCCAACACCAGGCAGCUGGAGAAGUUGUUUGAUUUGAUUGUGGAAAUAGGUGUGGAUGAGAAUUUGAAGGCAGAGCAGAUGAUCAAGAAGGUGAUUGUGUUCGCUGACCUACCACCACUAUUUAGCCGCUCCUUUGAGUAUGAGUAUGAGUUACUACGGAGCUUGUUUGAGGCAAUACAAAGCAAGUAUGAGGACAAAGGGUACGGGGAUGAUGCGGUGCCACACAUUCUGUUUUGGAAUCUCUUGCACUGUGGGGAGCCUACCUGGAUUUGUAGACGACAUCCAGGUUUCACGCUGUUGAGUGGCUUCUCCACUCAUUUGUACAAGUCCUUCAUGGACAAUGGUGGAGAAUUGGACCUGCACCAUCUCAUGGAAGCAGUCGUCAGUGACAAAGAGUAUCAAACUCUCACUGUGGUCGACUGAUAGAACAAAGUGGAGCUAACCUGUUCUAUCAGUUGGUGGAACGAAAAGAACAAGGACAAUCCAAUCCAACUGCGCGCGCGCGUUUUAUUCUUCGCUGCAAUUCACUCAUAUACUACUAUAUAUCCAUCUUUUAUGUUUGUUUAAUAAUUUGAUUGUUGUGUAGCUUUUUGUAGUAUAAUAUAAUGUCCUCCUCCCCCUCCCCCCGGC